AUGAGUUAUAAGAAUAUAAGCAAUACUGAUGACACUGACCAAAACCAAAAGAAAUAUAAUAAUUCAACUAAUAAUGAUACUGAUAUUUCUUCACCCACAGAUCCAUAUGGUUCAUUUAUUAAAAAGUUCGAAAACAAUCAAAAUGAUACUCAGAGUAGCUUUGGAGUAAGUUCAAAUCAUUAUUCAGAUAUUUUUAACACUAAUAAUAAUACAAACUUGGCUUCUAACACGAAUAGCGCUUAUAAUAAUAAUAUUAAUUAUAAUCAUGGAAACACCAAUAAUAAUAAUAAUAAUAAUAAUAUGAAUGAAGCAUAUCAAUUACACGAUUUUGAUGAAUUUGAAAUAAAUAGAUAUACAGAACCAUUAAAUUUUUCUCAGCAUUCAAAUAGUUCGAUAAAGUUGCCUAAAACCACCACUACAACUGCUACUAAUACAGAUACCGAUAAUUAUAAUAAUAAUAAUCCACUGCCAUCUAUUACCGUGAUACCUGCAACCUCUAACAUCAAUCAUAAUUUAACACAAAGUACUAUUAACUCCCCAUCCGGUACAGUUAUCCCAAAUACUAAGCCUAUUACUUAUAAUAGACCAUCUUUUGAAUAUGAUACUAACGCCAAUGUCGAUAAUAGAGAUAGUUUUAUCUCAACUACUAACAACAGUGAAACGAGAUUGGUGCCCCCAUCGCCGGAGAUACAUCCAUUAUUUAUUAAACGCAACCCAACUUCCAAUGAUAGUUAUAUUAAUGAUGGCAAUAGUAUUAUCCAUGGCAAUACUAACAACUUUGAUGAGGUAACUAGUAUAUUCAAUUUGAACGGUGAUUUAGAAGGCGGACCUAUUGAACAACAAGGUGAUGAUUAUCCAAUUAACUCAUAUAUUAACAAACAAGGUAAUAUGGUUAAUCCUUAUUCACAAAAAAACACAUUUAUUAAUCCAGAAACUUAUCAAAUGUUCCAUACCAAUACACACGACAAUGUCAACCGUAAUUUAAGUCUAGCAUAUAAGGGUCGUUCUACAAAUAAAUCUCCUUCAAGAAAUAAGAAUUUGGAACAACAUUUUGAUUUAGGCGAAUAUUCCAACUCAAAUAAAAAUAAUAGUAGAAACUUUGCUAAUAGUAGUUAUGACAAUGAGGAGAACGAUGGCUUUAAUGAAGACGAUGAAUAUGAUAUUGAUAGUCAGGAAGGUAGUUAUGAAUAUGAAACUGAGGAUGAGGAUGAUUCAAGUACACAUACCAGCCUAACAAAAAAGUAUAGUGCCACUGGCGAAACAGAAUAUGAGGCUAAAGAUGAUGACACUGCUUCCUCCAAAGUUUUGAGCGUUGGCAAAAAAGGGUUUCCUCAAAGACUACGCACUGUUAGGAGGUUUUUAUUGGAUAACGGCAAUUUUGUUUUUGACUGUCCAUUAAGUGAAAGUUUGUUAUCAAACUAUGCGAAAAGUGUAGAUGAUCCAAGUAAACUAUCCAAUGAAUUCAAAUUUAUGAGAUACCAGGCCGUUACCUGUGAACCGCAUCUAUUUUCUCAAGAAAAUUUUACUCUACGUCAAUUAAAAUUUUUAGUCCCCCGUAGAACUGAAUUAUUCAUAGUCAUUACGAUGUACAAUGAGGACGAAAUUUUGUUGUCUCGUACUUUAAAGGGUGUUUUUGAUAAUAUUAGGCACACUUUAAAAAAGAAAAAUUCCUUGACAUGGGGUGCAGAUGCCUGGAAGAAAAUUGUUGUUUGUAUUGUUAGUGACGGUAGAUCAAAGAUCAAUCCAAGAUCUUUGGCACUACUAAGUGCAUUGGGGUGUUAUCAAGAUGGGUUUGCCAAAAGUGAAAUUAAUGGUAAACAAGUUAUUACUCACGUUUAUGAGCAUACCACAAAAGUUAACAUCGCUAGUGUCGACGAAAACGGCGUACAAUUGGUUUGUGACCAAACAACAGUUCCAGUCCAGUUACUUUUUUGUUUGAAGGAGAACAAUCAAAAAAAGAUCAACUCUCAUCGCUGGGCCAUCGAAGCAUUUGCUGAAUCGUUACAGCCAAACGUCAUUGUGUUGCUAGAUGCUGGUACAAAGCCUGGUAAAGAUUCUAUUUAUGAAUUGUGGAAAGAAUUUGAGGAUCCGCAGGUUGGUGGUGCAUGUGGCGAAAUUAGAGUUGACUUGGGUGGAAGUUUUAAAGAUCUUUUUAAUCCACUUGUUGCUGCCCAAAAUUUUGAAUAUAAACUUAGUAAUAUUUUAGAUAAGACCACAGAAUCAAAUUUUGGCUUUAUUACUGUCCUUCCUGGCGCGUUUUCCGCCUAUAGAUUUGAAGCUUUAAAGGGUGAACCGUUGCAAAAAUAUUUUAUGGGCGACAAUAUGCAAAGCAUUAAAUUAUUUUUAUCGAACAUGUAUUUGGCAGAAGAUCGUAUCUUGUGUUUUGAAAUUGUCACUAAAAAACAAAGUAAUUGGGUUUUAAGGUACUGUAGGAGUUCGUACGGUGAAACAGAUGUUCCGUCUCGUAUUCCAGAAUUUAUAUUACAAAGAAGGAGUGUUAACACUGUUGAAGAUGUGGUUGACGAAGAUCAUGUAACUUUUACCAGUUUGAUGAAAUCAGAGCCAUUCAGAGACUUAAUUGUUUCUAUGGGUUCUACAUAUGUUUUGUAUUUUGCCAGUAGUGUUAUUGCGUUACAACCAUGGCAUAUGUUUACUUCUUUUAUUCAGUACCUAUUGUUGAGUCCAUCGUAUAUCAACGUUUUAAACAUUUAUGCUUUUGCUAAUGUCCAUGAUAUUUCAUGGGGUACAAAAGGUUCCGUUGCAGCCAAAUCCUUGGGUAAAGUUGAGUCAAAAAAGGACGGUUCUGUUAAAACAGAAAUACCAAUUUCUGCUGCUGAGAUCGAAAAUAAUUACCAAAAAUUUAUUAAAGAACUAAGUACUGCGCCUGCUGUUAAUUCAGAAUCAGAGCCUUCACUUGAUGAAAAAAAGACGAGCUAUUAUGCAAUGGUUAGGUCUAUAAUUUUAAUUGUCUGGUCCGUCUCAAAUUUUGCUGUUGUGGCCGUUGUUUUGGAAAUUGGGUCCUUGAGUGAAUUUCAAAAUAUGCAAAAAGAUGACACUAAAGAUGUUACUUCUACAGUUACUAUUUUAGGUAGGAGGUCUACUAUAUAUUUUUCCGUUAUCCUAUGGCUAGUAGCAGCUAUGGCUGCAAUUAGAUUUAUUGGAUGUUCUUUAUAUAUGCUCAAGAGGUCUUGUAAAAAGCUGUUUACUAGGAGACAGUAUUGA